AUGUUGUGGAAUCAGCUGCUCAGGUUCGUGUGUGUGCUUCUCUCUCUGCACUGGGCUGCUGCUGCUGCUGCAGGUUGUGAGGGAGAUGAAUGUGACAAAGAUCAACCACCUCCUCCUCCUCCUUCAUCUUCUUCAUCUUCUCCAUCAUCACCAUCAUCACCAUCAUCUUCUUCUUCUUCUUCGGUGGUGAAACCCCAGCAGCCCUCUCAGAACUUUUUGGAUCAGUUUGCACAGGUGAGCUCCCCAAACAGUGGAGGGGACCGUAAACACCGUGACGCCAGCGCCGUCCUGCCCUUCAUCGGCCUCACAGGCAGCGCCGAGCAGAGUCGCAGCUGCUGUAAAAACGGAGGCACGUGCAUCCUGGGCAGUUUCUGCACCUGCCCGCAGUUCUUCACCGGGCGGAGCUGCGAGUACGACCAGCGCAUCAGGAGCUGUGGUUUGAUUCCUCACGGGGAGUGGGUUCAGAAAGGAUGCUCCUACUGUCGCUGUGGUUACGGCGUCCUGCACUGCUUCCCCAACGUCUUCCAUAAAGACUGUGAUGACUCGGAGGAGGUGCGUUGGUAUCGCUCAUCAGCUGUGAGGACGGUUCCCAACACUUCCUGCUUCCUGUUGGUGACGCUGCUUCUUCCUCUGCUCGUCUUCCUCUGAUGUUUGAAGAAGUAAAAACACGAGGGAAACACAAGGAUUUAUUUUAAACUCGGAGCUGUGGACAGUUUGAAAAGGUGGAUUUUACCAAACAGUUCAUUUGAAGUGGUCCAGAUGUUCCUGCUCAGGAUCAGGAGAUACCUUGUGGUCCAGAUGUUCCUCCUCAGGAUCAGGAGAUACCUUGUGGUCCAGAUGUUCCUGCUCAGGAUCAGGAGAUACCUUGUUGUGAAACUGGGAACCAGAAGAUGUUGAAGACUUUUGCUCUCGAUAGACCUGAAGA